GGCCUGCGCGCUGCCUGCGAGCUCUGAGUGCUGCGGCCCACGCGCGGCGGGGAGCUCGGCCCGGCAGGCAGGAUCCGGCGUGGCGCGGUCUCCCAACGCGAAUUCCAGAUGCUGUUGGCCAUUGCUGGCUUAUUGGGCCUCCUACUGCUGGCCCUCCUGCUAUUUCUGAGACACGCGGGCUGGGGCUUGGCAGCUAUCUUCUGGUUUGAGUUCGUGCUACAGCCAGUUUGCAACCUGCUCAUGGGUGACACAAAGGAGCAGCGCAUUCUGCACCACGUACAGCAGCACGCCAAGCCUAGGGACCCCGAGAGUGUGCUGCAGGCCAUUGAUACCUACUGCUCACAGAAGGAGUGGGCCAUGAACGUGGGCGAUGCAAAGGGCCAGAUCAUGGAUACAGUGAUCCAGGAGUACAGACCCUCACUGGUGCUAGAGCUGGGAGCUUACUGUGGCUACUCAGCAGUGCGUAUAGCCCGCUUGUUGCCACCUGGUGCCAAGCUGCUCACCAUGGAGAUCAACCCUGACUAUGCUGCCAUCACCCAACAGAUGCUGGACUUUGCAGGUCUGCAGGACAAGGUCACUGUCCUUCUGGGGGCUUCUCAAGACCUCAUCCCCCAGCUGAAGAAAAAGUAUGAUGUGGACACGCUGGACAUGGUCUUUCUUGACCACUGGAAGGAUCGCUACCUGCCAGACACACUUCUCCUGGAGAAAUGUGGCCUGUUACGAAAGGGGACAGUGCUUCUGGCUGACAAUGUCAUCGUCCCAGGAGCCCCAGACUUCCUGGCACACGUGCGUGGGAGCAGCAGCUUUGAGUGCACACAUUACAGCUCAUACCUGGAGUAUAUGAAAGUGGUGGACGGCCUGGAAAAGGCCGUCUACAAGGGCCCAGGCAGCUCAGCACAGCCUUGAAUGCCCAGCCUGCUCGGGGCUCCAUCAGCUUCAUUCUGCAGGGUGACACACACUAAUACUGACUCCUCCUAUGGUUCUGGGAUCUGUCCUCAAAUGUAAAGUACACUCAGGCCUAUAAGGCCUGGACCUAACUCAUGCUUGCCUUUCUGCUGUUGUGGUUCCAAAUUGUCAUAUACUAACACAUUUUAAAGGUUAAUGCGUCCACUAUGCAGAACCACUGCAAUAAACCUGGAAUGUACUGAUAAAGACUGAAUUAAGGGGCUACAGGCAGGCGUAGCUCCGUGGUAGAGGACCUGGCUAGCAUGCAUGAGGCAGUAGGGUCAAUCCCACUGCACCAAAGAAGUUGAGGCAGUUGUUACCUUGGCAAAUUAAAUUCCAAUAGAAUAUCUAUCUACAAAGCACUCAGGCACUGAAAUCUCCCAUUAAACCAAGGAACAGGUAUGGAAGUUGGAAACAUUUGGGCUGGGCUGGAAACUUCUGAGCUGUCCUCAAUGUUUGCUGUCACCAGGUGGCAGCAAAUGUCUCAGUAAUGAGCAACUCACAACUUAUGAUAUGCAAAUCUUCACUUUUUUUUUUAACAAAUAAAUCUUAACUUCUUUUCUAAAAAUUGCCUAGCUGUAAUAGUCCUAUAUACUAAAAUCAUGUUUAAAAGGUAUAAACUAGGAAAUAAAAUUCUAAAUAUUUCGAUAUAGGAAACCUACUGAAUGUUCUCAACUGCCACUGCUUCCUCUUCCUCACACCCUCGGCUUCACCACCAAACAAGAGUUCCUCUGGAUGGCACACUAAUGCCUAAACCCAUGCUCACAGCUGGCAGGGCUCUGAGUGUCACAGCAGCUUCCCAGCCACAGCAGUGAAGUGAGGGAGUGGCUAUGUCCAGUAUUGCUCCUGGCCAGGCCUGGGACAUCUGUUAGCUUGUCCUGAGAAGAGCAGGACAAUCAGUUGGCUUUUACCCACUUCUGACCGAGCAUGCACUAGGAACAGGCAAGCUGGCUGGCUGGCACCAUGGCACUACGGAGAAAUAGUCCCUUCCCCCAGUCUGACUUGCCUGACAGAAGAGGAAGUGGGCUCCCACCAUUGCUUGUCUGCUGGUCCCCCAGCGGAAGAGUAGGGAAACAAUGCUGGCUUUUAUCAAUCUAAAUCUAGACUUGCUCUAGUCCCCACUCUGGCUCAGCUCCCAGUUCCUUCAAGAAGCUCCCCAAGGACUCAGCAAACAUCCAGUUCCUAUAUCAAUGCCAUCUUGGCCAAUUAUAUCUGUCCAGAUCAAUUUCAGCUAGGACUUCAAUCCCAGGCUCCAGGCCAGCCAACCUCACCAAAGUGAACCUAUACCAGUGGCAGCACAGCGGCGCCAUCGGGAUCCGGAGUAGAUGGACAUGGGAGAUGCCUGUGGACUUGGAGCAUAGCCCACCCCUUCCCCACUGCUGUCACCUCAGAGGGGAUACCUGGAACUCCCUGGGCCUUGCACUCAGGCUGCCCUCCAGGCUUGUAGUCACCAGGUGGCAGUAGUGCCUUAGUGGUGGCACCACAACUAGAACCUUCUCUGCACUCAGGAGAAGCCAUAGAAGAGAGGUAGUUCCUUAUUUUUUUUAAUUUUUAAAAUUUCAUACAAAAAUUUCAAUGUUUACCAAUACAGUCUUAUUUUGGUUUCAUCUUUAA